AUGAAAAUAGUCACAGGUAAAUGGGUUGACUGGCCCUCUGCUUUGCGUGGUGCUGUGGUGCCGUGCAGUAGUAGCUAAGAGGAUGCAGCAGUCUUAUGAAUGGUGUGUAAUGUAUUAGUGUUUUAUGGUUGUUGCUGGAAGAGAGAAAAUAGUGAUGUUAUCUACCUCUUGUGUUUUUUUAGCACACAAUUCUACACUCAUCCUGUGUUGUAAAAACCAACCCUAACCCAAUGUUACGUCAAUUUAUUUACAUUUUUGUCUUGAAUCAGCUGAGUGUUCCAGGAAAUUACAAAAUAAAACAAUGUCUUACUACUACUCAUCAAGGUGGCUACUGACGUGUCUCCUCCUCUCUUUUAUCCUGCUCUAUUUUCACGCUCUCUUCUCCUCUCUCGCUCUUCUCCCCAUUCUAUUUUCUCUCUCCUCUCUCCCCCAGUCUGUCAGAGUAAGGACAUCCGUAACAACGUGACCAACCUGCAGUUGUUAGAGAACUGCACAGUAAUCGAGGGCCACCUGAAGAUCCUCCUCAUGUUCAAGGCCAAGCCAGAGGACUUCAAGGGCCUCAGCUACCCCAAGCUGACCGUGGUCACCGACUUCCUCCUCCUGUUUAGGGUCUACGGUCUAGAAUCGCUCAGCGACCUGUUCCCCAACCUGACGGUGAUCCGAGGCAACAACCUGUUCUUCAACUAUGCCCUGGUUCUGUUUGAGAUGGUGGACCUGAAGGAGCUGGGGCUACACAGCCUCAUGAACAUCACCCGGGGAGCCGUGAGGGUGGAGAAGAACCCGGACCUCUGCUACCUCUCCACCCUGGACUGGUCCAAGAUCCUGGACACGGUGGAGGACAAUUACAUCAUGGCCAAUAAGAACGACCGGGAGUGUGGGGACGUGUGUCCGGGCACAGCCCAUGGGAAGACCACCUGUCCUCAGACUACCAUCAACGGACACUUUGGAGAACGCUGCUGGACUCAGAACCACUGCCAGAGAAGUAAGUGGCCUUUUUAGAUACUCAAAGGAAUUCUGAAAGAAUGGUAAAGAACACACAAAAGAGAGUACUGUAUAUAAAUGAUUAUAUCUCAAACAUUGGUAGCCCACACGUUUUCUUUGGUCCUUUCCUGAUACUUUCCUGAUAUGUUCAGUUGGCAUAUGUGAAUGUAUGAAGGUCCAGGCCUAAUUGCUUGGCAUUUUCAUCCAAUUUCAUUUGUUACCUGUGCCAACUUGAAGAUUAAAAUAAGGUUAUGAUGUUAAAUAUAGAAUAACUUCAGCUCUGCCUGGAUGUCACUCUGACCAUUCCUGUAAGUUAUUUCACCUCAUGCUAGCAGGAAUUCUCCAGAGCUGUCUGUUUGGCUGUCUCUCUGUUGUAAAGUAGCAGGAUGGAUGAGAGAGAGACAGAGAGAUAAUGAUAACCGUGUGGAAGAGAGAUUUCCUCCCCAGUGAAUUCAGAUGAAUGAUGCUUUUGCACAGAUGGCUUUUGAAAUGAGAGGGAUUGUUGUUCUUUCUAUAAUAAGUCACGGGCCAUGCCUACCCCCUUUGAUUUGAAUUCAUUGACUGGAGCAUUUAGGGAAUGUUUUUUGUAACUAUAGAAUAAGGAGAGAGAGAGGCUGGCCUCAUACACAAUUCAAAGUUCUCAGGCAGACAAGCACGCUGACAAUAUCAUUGGAAAGAGAAAAGGCUUUUGCUGGGAGAGGAGAGAGAGAGGAAGAGGAGAGAGAUGAGGGAGGGAGUGUGAGAGAGAGAGAGCUGGGGUGAUGGUGAAAGGUGCAGCUUGUGCCAAUAUAAAUCUUACUGCACACUCCCUUGCUGUCAUCCGCUCUCUUCUCUGUGUGUGUGUGAUGGAUCUGUGUGUGUGUGAAUCAGUUCAUGUGAAGGGUCAGUGUGUGUGAGUGUUUGUAUGCAUGUUAGGGCUGGGCGAUAUAUCAAAGUAAUUUGAUUAAUUUGAAUGUAUGAUUUGCGCGAAAUUCCAAAUGCCUGUAUCGCAAGAAUCAAGUAUUAUUCUAAUAUAUUUUUUAUGAGCGUUUGUCCGCUUAUUCUCAUUUUGUCUUUUUGGUCUUGUCUCCUUCGCUACUUCUGUGCUUCAUGUCACAAUGACACCUUCCCAUUCAUACACCAAGCCCCUCCCCCUGCCACUCACAACAACACAGAUGAAAGAUCACUUCUUCCUCUCUGACAACAAGCAGUUGGAAUUUGUUAUUUGCAUUUCAUGGUUUGUCUAACAGAAUCAGCCAUAUGGACACCGAAACACAUUGAGACAUUAUUUUACUGUAAUAGAGGAGAACAUAACCUUUCUAACUAUACCCUUUUUAUGACUCAGUUGACGGAAAGCAGACCGGGAGUAUCAAUGAACAUUGUUUCUGGAAAAUGAAUGCUCAGUUUCUGUCACGCGCGGCACCAUGUACCGCUAGCAGCAUUUUAGCUACAGACUGUUAUGUGCUAACUGUUUAGUCUGUGUUUUAUAAAUGUGCAAUGAGUAUUAAAAUAAGCAUUUAUAUAAGAAAUUGGCAACUAAUUCUGAGAAAUAAGCAUCUUAUCCAGGUAUUCAACAUCUAAACAAUGUGGACAGGCUAGCAUGCUGUUCAAACUGUUGGAGACUGACAGGAGGGUGUGUUCAUAACAGUUAAAUUGUUCUACCUUGUUAGCUAGCACAUAGGCCUAGAUCAGGGGUCGGCAACCUUUUUUGUGUGGACUGCCAAUUUACAAUUUAUCCUAACAUUUCUAAUGAUCUGCGUGCCAGUUAUGAUUUUCAUAUGUGCAUAACAACUAAUUGUGUCUACUGAAUAUCUAAUUGCCCACAAACUGAAUAAUUCCAUAGCUUGCUAAACAGAGGAGAUGUCCAUUAGCACCAUGGGUUUGAUCUUGGAACACAGAUUUUCUUGGUGAAUGAUACAGUGACAUUUAACUGAUGAUAUAGUGCCAAUCUUAUCUUCAAUCAGCUUUGCGAAUCACUUAUGUUUCCCCACCAUAGUCAGUUGUAAUAGCGAAAAUGUUUUUAAUAUCGACACCUCUCUCCUCAAAAUGAUCUGUGAAAGCUUUUGCUACAUCUUCCCCUUUAGUAGUACCAAGCAUGGGUUUUAGACAAAGCAGCUCCUCACGUACCUGCUCUGAGUCACAGUAUCUUGCAACAACUGCCUGAUAUGGAAUGCCAUUAACAUCCACACUCAUCAAGAGCCACGCUAAACACAGGUGCAUCUUUUAACGCUACAGUUUGCUGCACCUUUACAUUUUCAACCAUCUCGGUAACGCACCUUUCAACAGUUCUGGCAGACACAGGCAUGUCUUUAAUCUUUGAUGAUUGUCUUUGUUAGGCAGUCCAUCAAAUAAAGCCUGUGAACUACUGAGGAAAGCCUCCUUGAUAUAUUCCCCAUUAGUAAAUGGUUUUCCAUGUUUAGCAAUACACUGCGCAACUUUGUAGCUCCCCUCUGUAGCUACAUUUUUGACUGCAUGUAGAUUUGUAAACACACUGCUUUGCUUUUCAUACCUGGACACGGCCCUCUUGAUUCCUUCAGCCUUGUCCGCCUCAUCCUUGAAGUUUUUCUCAUGUCUCGUUUCAAAAUAAUUCCGUACACUUAAUGUCCGACAAACAACAGUUUUACAACAGAGAGCGCGAACAGACCGGUCCUUCAGCAAAACAAAUCCAUAUUCCUUUGUCCAAAAGGCAAUAAAUGAGCGGACAUCUGCCUUAUUUAUCUUUGCUGAUGACAUUUAGCACCCUGAACUUUUUUAAAUAACAAAAGAAGGCUUGCUAGCUGCUAGCUCUCAUCUUCAGUGCUGCCUUGGUUUUGAAUUUGGCGGGAGAGGCGGGUCAUCUUGCGCUGAACUAAUAAUAUGAAACUCCUGCAAAUUCAUGAAAGCCCAUAGGCUAAUCAGGAUUGACAUACCUUGGGAACUACAACGUUGCAGUGAAUACCAAUGCUAUUUCGAAACCAAUGCACGCAAUUUAAAAGAUUUUUCCAGUUUAUUUAUUAAACUGGCAAAAAUAAUUGAGAUAAUAAACGUCCAGCCAAGGCUUAGCACGCCACAAAAAUAAUAUAUAUAUAAGGCUGGCACGCGUGCCUAAGGUUGCCGACCCCUGGCCUACAGUGAGGGAAAAAAGUAUUUGAUCCCCUGCUGAUUUUGUACGUUUGCCCACUGACAAAUAAAUUAUCAGUCUAUAAUUUUUAUGGUAGGUUUAUUUGAACAGUGAGAGACAGAAUAACAACCAAAAAAUCCAGAAAAACGCAUGUCAAAAAUGUUAUAAAUUGAUUUGCAUUUUAAUGAGGGAAAUAAGUAUUUGACCCCCUCUCAAUCAGAAAGAUUUCUGGCUCCCAGGUGUCUUUUAUACAGGUAACGAGCUGAGAUUAGGAGCACACUCUUAAAGGGAGUGCUCCUAAUCUCAGUUUGUUACCUGUAUAAAAGACACCUGUCCACAGAAGCAAUCAAUCAAUCAGAUUCCAAACUCUCCACCAUGGCCAAGACCAAAGAACUCUCCAAGGAUGUCAGGGACAAGAUUGUAGACCUACACAAGGCUGGAAUGGGCUACAAGACCAUCGCCAAGCAGCUUGGUGAGAAGGUGACAACAGUUGGUGCGAUUAUUCGCAAAUGGAAGAAACACAAAAGAACUGUCAAUCUCCCUCGGCCUGGGGCUCCAUGCAAGAUCUCACCUCGUGGAGUUACAAUGCUCAUGAGAACGGUGAGGAAUCAGCUCAGAACUACACGGGAGGAUCUUAUCAAUGAUCUCAAGGCAGCUGGGACCAUAGUCACCAAGAAAACAAUUGGUAACACACUACGUCAUGAAGGACUGAAAUCCUGCAGCGCCCGCAAGGUCCCCCUGCUCAAGAAAGCACAUAUACAGUGGGGAGAACAAGUAUUUGAUACACUGCCGAUUUUGCAGGUUUUCCUACUUACAAAGCAUGUAGAGGUCUGUAAUUUUUAUCAUAGGUACACUUCAACUGUGUGAGACGGAAUCUAAAACAAAAAUCCAGAAAAUCACAUUGUAUGAUUUUUAAGUAAUUAAUUUGCAUUUUAUUGCAUGACAUAAGUAUUUGAUCACCUACCAACCAGUAAGAAUUCCGGCUCUCACAGACCUGUUAGUUUUUCUUUAAGAAGCCCUCCUGUUCUCCACUCAUUACCUGUAUUAACUGCACCUGUUUGAACUCGUUACCUGUAUAAAAGACACCUGUCCACACACUCAAUCAAACAGACUCCAACCUCUCCACAAUGGCCAAGACCAGAGCGCUGCGUAAGGACAUCAGGGUUAAAAUUGUAGACCUGCACAAGGCUGGGAUGGGCUACAGGACAAUAGGCAAGCAGCUUGGUGAGAAGGCGACAACUAUUGGCGCAAUUAUUAGAAAAUGGAAGAAGUUCAAGAUGACGGUCAAUCACCCUCGGUCUGGGGCUCCAUGCAAGUUCUCACCUCGUGGGGCAUCAAUGAUCAUGAGGAAGGUGAGGGAUCAGCCUAGAACUACACGGCAGGACCUGGUCAAUGACCUGAAGAGAGCUGGGACCACAGUCUCAAAGAAAACCAUUAGUAACACACUACGCCGUCAUGGAUUAAAAUCCUGCAGCGCACGCAAGGUCCCCCUGCUCAAGCCAGUGCAUGUCCAGGCCCGUCUGAAGUUUGCCAAUGACCAUCUGGAUGAUCCAGAGGAGGAAUGGGAGAAGGUCAUGUGGUCUGAUGAGACAAAAAUAGAGCUUUUUGGUCUAAACUCCACUCGCCGUGUUUGGAGGAAGAAGAAGGAUGAGAACAACCCCAAGAACACCAUCCCAACCGUGAAGCAUGGAGGUGGAAAAAUCAUUCUUUGGGGAUGCUUUUCUGCAAAGGGGACAGGACGACUGCACCGUAUUGAGGGGAGGAUGGAAGGGGCCAUGUAUCGCGAGAUCUUGGCCAACAACCUCCUUCCCUCAGUAAGAGCAUUGAAGAUGGGUCGUGGCUGGGUCUUCCAGCAUGACAACGACCCGAAACACACAGCCAGGGCAACUAAGGAGUGGCUCCGUAAGAAGCAUCUCAAGGUCCUGGAGUGGCCUAGCCAGUCUCCAGACCUGAACCCAAUAGAAAAUCUUUGGAGGGAGCUGAAAGUCCGUAUUGCCCAGCGACAGCCCCGAAACCUGAAGGAUCUGGAGAAGGUCUGUAUGGAGGAGUGGGCCAAAAUCCCUGCUGCAGUGUGUGCAAACCUGGUCAAGACCUACAGGAAACGUAUGAUCUCUGUAAUUGCAAACAAAGGUUUCUGUACCAAAUAUUAAGUUCUGCUUCUCUGAUGUAUCAAAUACUUAUGUCUUGCAAUAAAAAGCAAAUGAAUUACUUAAAAAUCAUACAAUGUGAUUUUCUGGAUUUUUGUUUUAGAUUCCGUCUCUCACAGUUGAAGUGUACCUAUGAUAAAAAUUACAGACCUCUACAUGCUAUGUAAGUAGGAAAACCUGCAAAAUCGGCAGUGUAUCAAAUACUUGUUCUCCCCACUGUACAUGCCCGUCUGAAGUUUGCCAAUGAACAUCUGAAUGAUUCAGAGGAGAACUGGGUGAAAGUGUUGUGGUCAGAUGAGACCAAAAUGGCAUCAACUCAACUCGCCGUGUUUGGAGGAGGAGGAAUGCUGCCUAUGACCCCAAGAACACCAUCCCCACCGUCAAACAUGGAGGUGGAAACAUUAUGCUUUGGGGGUGUUUUUCUGCUAAGGGGACAGGACAACUUCACCGCAUCAAAGGGACGAUGGACGGGGCCAUGUACCGUCAAAUCUUGGGUGAGAACCUCAGCCAGGACAUUGAAAAUGGGUCGUGGAUGGGUAUUCCAGCAUGACAAUGACCCAAAACACACGGCCAAGGCAACAAAGGAGUAGCUCAAGAAGAAGCACAUUAAGGUCCUGGAGUGGCCUAGCCAGUCUCCAGACCUUAAUCCCAUAGAAAAUCUGUGGAGGGAGCUGAAGGUUUGAGUUGCUAAACGUCAUGCUCGAAACCUUAAUGACUUGAUCUGCAAAGAGGAGUGGGACAAAAUCCCUCCUGAGAUGUGUGCAAACCUGGUGGCCAACUACAAGAAACGUCUGACCUCUGUGAUUGCCAACAAGGGUUUUGCCACCAAGUACUAAGUCAUGUUUUGCAGAGGGGUCAAAUACUUAUUUCCCUCAUUAAAAUGCAAAUCAAUUUAUAACAUUUUUGACAUGCAUUUUUCUGGAUUUUUCUGUUGUUAUUCUGUCUCUCACUGUUCAAAUAAACCUACCAUUAAAAUUAUAGACUGAUCAUUUCUUUGUCAGUGGGCAAACGUACAAAAUCAGCAGGGGAUCAAAUAUUUUUUUCCCUCACUGUAGAUACAAUUUUACAAAAACACAGUUUACUUGAAGAACAGUGUAGAUGCAAAGUUUGGUAACAGAAUGACCGUUUGUGUUGUUUGUGCCAUCAUUCUGUUACUAAACUUUGCAUUUGCACUGUUCUUCAAGUAAAUGUAUUUCUGUACCAUUUUCUGUGGAAAUUCGGUCGUCCUUGUGCAUAGAGUUGGUUUAUUUAACUUUGCAAUCAUUGGUUUAAAGUAAAAAAUCAGAGUCUCAGCAUCAAUCUGUUACAGUGGAAUUGCCCUAAUGGGUGAUAGAGUGAGAAAAGGAGAGGGAGAGAUGGAUGGAGUGAGAGAGUGGUGUCCUUUGAUGGGGAAAGGGCAGCGGAGCAGGUAUGAUGGUCCUAUCCCCGUCAUGUGAUAGGCACUAGUUUAGUCAAGUGGUGUGUGUCAAAGCAGGAGCCAAUUUUAGAACAUGAUGCAAUGCUUCUCGCACGCACAGCGAGGGGUGUGUGUGUGUGUUUGGGGAGUGUGCAUACUAGUCUUUCAGCCGAGGAGAGGGCAAGAGAGAGUUUCCAUUCCCCCCUUCCUUCCUUCCGACAUGUGUUCUAUCUAUCUACACGUCCGCCAUUGCCCAAGUCCCUUCCACCGUCCUCUAGGACUCCAACUGGAACAGUAAUAGAAGGGCUUGUAUUUGACUUCUGAAAGGCACCUCUUGUAACAGUUAGUGAAUGUAUGCACUCACUAACUGUAAGUCGCUCUGGAUAAGAGCGUCUGCUAAAUGACUAAAAAUGUAAAUGUAAAAAUGUAACUAACGGAGGGGGAGAAAUGCCAUUUACUUGAGUGAUUGUGCAAUGUACCAACUGUACGCUCACAUGCGGUGCGCACACACACAAGCAGGCACUCCCUCUCCCUCUCUCUCUCUCUCUCCUUUCUGCUGGGUGCGAGUAUUUUUAAUUAGGGCUUAGUGAAUGAAGACUUCCGCACACAUGACAUGGAGGUACAUUAGAUGGAGCAUUAAACUUAAUGGCUGAGUGGAAACUCUGGGAUGAGUAAUAGUUGUAUUGUUUUUACUGUGUUCUGUUCAGUCAGUACACUGCCUGGAAUAGAGUAGUGCCUUCAGAAAGUAUUCACAAGCCUUCACUUUUUCCACAUUGUGUUACAGCCUGAGAUUUUGUGUCAGUGGCCUACACACAAUACCCCAUAAUGUCAAAGUGGAAUUAUGUUUUUAUAAUUUUGUGCAAAUUAAUAAAAAAUGAAUAGCUGAAAUGUCUUGAGUCAAUAGGUAUUCAACCCCUUUGUUAUGGGAAGCUUAAUACAGUUGAGGAGUAAAAAUGUGCUUAACAAGUCACAUAAUAUGUUGCAAUAAUAGUGUUAAACAUGAUUUUUGAAUGACUACCUCAUCUCUGUACCCCACAUGUACAAUUAUCUGUAAGGUCCCUCAGUCGAGCAGUGAAUUUCAAACACAGAUUCAACCACAAAACCAGAGAGGUUCUCCCAUGCCUCGCAAAUAAGGGCACCUAUUGGUAGAUGGGUCAAAACAAAAUAAAAAGCAGAUAUUGAAUAUCAAUUUGAGCAUGGUGAAGUUAUUAAUUACACUUUGGAUGGUGUAUCAAUACACCCAGUCAUUACAAAGUUACAGGUGUUCUUCCUAACUCAGUUGCCGGAGAGGAAGGAAACUGACUCAGGGAUUUCACCAUGAGGCCAAUGGUGACUUUAAAACAGUUACAGAGUUUAAUGGCUGUGAUAGGAGAAAACUGUUGUUGGAUCAACAACAUUAUAGUUAUUCCACAAAACUAACCUAAUUGACAGAGUGAAAAGAUGGAAGCCUGUACAGAAUAAAAUAUUCCAAAACUCCCAUCCUGUUUGCAAUAAGGCACUAAAGUAAAACUGCAAAAAAUAUGGCAAAGAAAUUAACUAUUUGUCCUGCAUACAACGCGUUAUGUUUUGGGCAAACACAACACAGCAUUGAGUACCACUCUUCAUAUUUUCAAGCAUGGUGGUGGCUGCAUCAUGUUAUGGGUAUGCUUGUCAAUUGCAAGGACUCUGGAGUUUUUUUGUUGUUGGAUGAAAAUAAAUGGAAUAAAGCUAAGCACAGGCAAAAUCCUAGAGGAAAACCUGGUUCAGUCUACUUUCCAACAGACACUGGGAGACAAAUUCACCUUUCAGCAGGACAAUAACCUAAAACACAAGGCCAAAUAUACACUGGAGUUGCUUACCAAGACGACAUUGAAUGUUCCUGAGUGGCCUAGUUACACGUUUGACUUAAAUCGGCUUGAAAUUCUAUGGCAAGACUUUCAAAAUGGCCUGUUACAGACCUGUAACUUCUUCUUUAAGAGGCUCCUCUGUCCUCCACUCGUUACCUGUAUUAAUGGCACCUGUUUGAACUUAUCAGUAUAAAAGACACCUGUCCACAACCUCAAACAGUCACACUCCAAACUCCACUAUGGCCAAGACCAAUGAGCUGUCAAAGGACACCAGAAACAAAAUUGUAGACCUGCACCAGGCUGGGAAGACUGAAUAUGCAAUAGGUAAGCAGCUUGGUUUGAAGAAAUCAACUGUGGGAGCAAUUAUUAGGAAAUGGAAGACAUACAAGACCACUGAUAAUCUCCCUCGAUCUGGGGCUCCACGCAAGAUCUCACCCCGUGGGGUCAAAAUGAUCACAAGAACGGUGAGCAAAAAUCCCAGAACCACACGGGGGGGCAUAGUGAAUGACCUGCAGAGAGCUGGGACCAAAGUAACAAAGCCUAUCAUCAGUAACACACUACGCCGCCAGGGACUCAAAUCCUGCAGUGCCAGACGUGUCCCCCUGCUUAAGCCAGUACAUGUCCAGGCCCGUCUGAAGUUUGCUAGAGUGCAUUUGGAUGAUCCAGAAGAGGAUUGGGAGAAUGUCAUGUGGUCAGAUGAAACCAAAAUAUAAUUUUUUGGUAAAAACUCAACUCGUCGUGUUUGGAGGACAAAUAAUGCUGAGUUGCAUCCAAAGAACACCAUACCUACUGUGAAGCAUGGGGGUGGAAACAUCAUACUUUGGGGCUGUUUUUCUGCAAAGGGACCAGGACGACUGAUCCGUGUAAAGGAAAGAAUGAAUGGGGCCAUGUAUCGUGAGAUUUUGAGUGAAAACCUUCUUCCAUCAGCAAGGGCAUUGAAGAUGAAACGUGGCUGGGUCUUUCAGCAUGACAAUGAUCCCAAACACACCGCCCGGGCAACGAAGGAGCAUUUCAAGGUCCUGGAGUGGCCUAGCCAGUCUCCAGAUCUCAACCCCAUAGAAAAUCUUUGGAGGGAGUUGAAAGUCCGUGUUGCCCAGCGACAGCCCCAAAACAUCACUGCUCUAGAGGAGAUCUGCAUGGAGGAAUGGGCCAAAAUACCAGCAACAGUGGUGAAAACCUUGUGAAGACUUACAGAAAACGUUUGACCUGUGUCAUUGCCAACAAAGGGUAUAUAACAAAGUAUUGAGAAACUUUUGUUAUUGACCAAAUACUUAUUUUCCACCAUAAUUUGCAAAUAAAUUCAUAAAAAAUCCUACAAUGUGAUUUUCUGGAUUUUUUUUCUCUCAUUUUGUCUGUCAUAGUUGACGUGGACCUAUGAUGAAAAUGACAGGCCUCUCUCAUCUUUUUAAGUGGGAGAACUUGCACAAUUGGUGGCUGACUAAAUACUUUUUUCCCCCACUGUAGCUAGCAGAGAGAAGUGGAGGAGGUCAUUCUUGUUAUGGAGUAGGUUUUGUAAACCAUGCUCAGGCUGCAAUUUCCUCCGGUUUUACAAGCAGUCACAAGUCUUUGCAGAUUUUCUGGUUGACUUGAACGGCAUGUAUAAGUGUACGUAACCAUAAGUGUGCUGUGGUGUGUUGAUAGUGAUUAGACCUAAAAUUAAAAGGCAACGGUCUUAAAGAUACUGUAUAAAUAAAUGCAUUAUCCUAGAUUUCAUGCAUUUCUUGGAUAAAAUGUUUUAUUUGAAAAGGGCUCAAAUGUCAUGAUUAAGUUAAAUAUUCACUUUCCAAGAAUGUAUAGAAUUGUAUAGCGGUGACAUUUAUAGCUUUGUACUAUUUUGCUCCAGUAACAUGUCAUCAGGUCUUUGUGAAUAGAUUUAGGUAUGUUCAUGCCAGAAGGGAUGUUGGUUAUUAAUGGUAACGUGCGCUGGUGUUUGAUGUUUUUUUAUAAGCCUUGAUUACCGCCUGUAAUGAGGUCUCUGUCACCUGAGGUGUCCUGAGAGGAGAGAGAGGGAGAGGCCGAGGGAGGGAGAAAGAGAGAUGGAGGAAUGCCCCCUAAUGAAGAAGUGAAUGCUCUCUUUGUCUGGAGAGGCUCUCUUGCUCUCACCCUCUUCACGGCUUUGAAAAGAGAGAUUGGGAGAAAGUGAGAGAGUGUGAAAGAUGGCAGGCACACGUGGAUGAUAAAAAUGUCCCUUUUCUCAGGCAUGUAAUGGAUGCCAGACAAGUGACUGAUCUGGGCAGGGCUUCCAUCAAUCGGUGCUGCGGCCCGCUUCAGUGUGUAAAGUCAGGGCUUGGUUGGGCACACGCAGGGCUAGUGGACCAACUGGGCCCUGGUGAUGUCAACUCACAAUAAGACACUUCGAGUGAUACUACCUCCUGCCCCUCUCUCCUCUCCCCUCCCUUUGUAAACAGGUUUUCACUCUCAACCAGGCAGCGCAGCCUGAAAUGGAGGCCAACUCAGGGUAGGAGGGAGGUCUGGGGGGUGUUUGUUCAGCUACUAAUUGCUGUCUAGGCUAAUUAUAGGCAAAGAUAACUAUUAGCUGAUCCUUUCUCCUCUUAUGAACAGAUUUCUUAGACAGAAAACAGGGAUAUCCAGAGUCUCUUCCUAUAACAAUUACAUUAGAGUGGUAAACUGAUGAAAGAGGGAAGGAAAGACUGACCUAGAGAGAGAGAAAGCUAAGAGAGAGUAAACAUAGCAGAUCUCCUGUGUAGAUAGUUGAUGUCUGUUCCACUGGCACACAGUGUUCUGCUAUUGUGAAUGUUAUUCGGCCGCGUAGGCAGCCUUCUCUUGUGCCACUGAGAGCACUUUCCAGGUCAAAGUUCAUAGGCUGUGGAGGGCUGUGCUCUUUUGUUGCCUCCAACUGUUUUUCAGCCACCUCGUCCGCAUGCCGCCCAGAGCACCAUUGCCCCCCCCCCCCCCCCCCAGCUUUUGUCCCAGAUGAAGGCUCUGUCACUGUCAGUACCAUCCUUCUCUGCAGCGUCACACACACAUAGGGCACUAUAAAAUCAGCGAUGCAUAGAACGCGGACGGAAUCACAGAAUCCAGACAUUGAAACGGAAUUCAACAAUAUUAAAAAAUUUAUUGAACUUAGUUAUCAUAAGACAUGAACAAAAUGCAUCAGUGAUUCAUAUUUUCCUUUAACUUUCUGAAGAGGCAACGUGGGAAUGCCCCUGUCUGUGUGUGCACAUUUGUCUACCACUUUGGGUAGCCGUUAGCGAUGAUGCUAAUAAUGAUAACCGUCUUCUGGUAGAUGCAAAAGCUUUCCCAAAAACCUAAAUUAAAUGUUUACUACAAAGUAGCCUAUGCCUACCCGGCAGAAUGAUAUCAUGAUUAUUUGCAGCAAUCCAGUGGCGAUUUGUUUAGCAAACUCAUGUGCUAUAGAAACACCACUAACCAAACAAGUCUCUUGCUGGUGCACACUUAAAUUAAAGGGUAUCUACUUUAAAGGUUAUCUUCACCCAUUUCUUAGAUAUUUCCCAGACCUCAAAAUUGGUCUCAUGAUGUGGUUUAAACAUCAUUGUGGACUUAGAACAUCCAAUUUUGUUGUUUUUCUAUAACAACAGUGAUAUUUUGAGAGUGAAAACCUGAAAAACAGAAACCUGGAAAAACGAAAUGGAUAAAAUGCAAUUUGGGAAAAAACUGAUACAAUAUUUCAUAGGGCCAUACACACACUAGGCUAGUAGCUAGCCAGGGGCUGCACUGGUUCUGAAAUGGCAGUUAGAGAAGCUAUAGCAUAAAAGCGUUGAUUUACAUGUGUUCGUUUCUAAACAACAGAGAAAAAACUCAAACGGAUGACAAGGAAAAGCUCAAACCAAGUUUAUUUCCCCACUGGGUCAAACAGCUGCAAAGACAAAGACAUGUUUACACAAGCACAUAUAGUUAUACCCUUCUACUAGGCGGAGUCAACUCCUUGCACAUCUAGACAGCCAAUACACCUCUGUUGCUAGUCAGGAACUUAAUUGGUUCCUCUCACUGGUGUAGUCAUGGCCCCGCCUCCUGCUAGCGCCUUCGUGUGCAUGUAAGUAUAUGUGUGUAACAGGACUGUUCCUUGUCACUUCAUCUGACCUGACCUCGGGCCGAAUUCCUCACUCCUCCCUACUCCACGGCUGGCCUACCUUAUCAGUGACUGAAACCAGGCUGUUGCCUCCCUCCAUAGGAUCCAUGAGAUUUAACAAUAACAUAUUUGACAGAAUGUAAACUUCCUGCCUCCCCCAUUGUCUCACUCAGUAACUCUCCAUACACCUAGUUCUUAUCCUCCCUCCAUUGACCCCAACAUAUACAUUCAUUAUACAUGUAAAGUAAUCAAUAAGUUCUAGUAUGGUAACAUGAAUAAGUGUAUUUCAAGCUAGAAUCCAACACAUGAAAGCUUGUGUCGCCUUGUCUUUUGCUUUUAUGAGUUUUUCCUGACCAUGUGACCACUUGACAAGGAAAAAUGUAUGUAAACCCCUACUGUUGAUAUCGGCUACCAACAGGGCCAAUAGUUUCUGGAUGCAGAGUUUCUGGAUGCAGAUGUAGUCUAGUGAUGGGAGACUGUUUUAGAUUUCCCCCUCACUCACCUCUGUCCUGCUUAAUAAGUUUCUCUCCUGCCACCUCCCUCCACAGAUCACUGUCUCACACACACACACACACACACACACACACACACACACACACACACACACACACACACACACACACCUUCCUCCUCCAUAGAUCAGUGUCCUGCUCUACCAGUCAGCACCUCUUUAUCAUUCUCUCUUUCAAGUGUCGGGCUGAAAACUCACCACGGGUCAUCUCCACGUUAUUUACACUGAUGAACCCAGUUUCCCUUGAGUGGCCGCCAUAUCACUCUCAUCUGCUGAAAUGUGUGGCCCAGUGUGGUUUUCUUUAAAAAUAUAUAUAUUUUCAGUGGGUGGAAAAAAAGGACAGAGGGAGAAAAAAAAGGAACGAAGAGGGAAGGAGGACCCGAGACGAGUACUGCCUGCAAACAGGCAGACUGGGAGAAGAAGAGAAGAGUAAGAGUCCAUAGAAGAGAAGAAGGGGCCAAAACAAAACAAAUAAUGAAAAACAAACAUGGCUGUGCUUUUCAAGUGUUGCUCCCGGGUACACACAGCAUUCCUGUCAGUGCCUGCUGGGCCAGCCAGCCAACCUCUGGUAUUCCUGCUGCUGCAUCACAGGAGGGUAGGGAAGGAAUGAUAGGCUACAGGGCCCAGCCAGUUAACGAUAGCUAACGAACAUUCGUACAUUGCGCUGUUCCAUACAUUUGACUUUAUUUUAGCGCCCCAAAAACGUAAUACUUCCAGGUCAACUGUAAUAUGAAAACCAUUGUAAAGCACAAUUUCUCACCUUUCCAGCAAAAUCAUUGACGAGACCUUCAUGCUGCCCGUCUCUGCAUGAUUGAAGAAGGCAAUGGAGCUCCGCCGGGUCUUUUAAAAAUGGCGGGUGGGGAAGCGAAAGCUACUGUGUGAUAGUGAAAGGGGGAGAUAUGUCGUGUGGGGAAGCGGCUUUUUUCACCUGAUUUGUCCAACUUAUCACCUCUAAAAUUGAAAUAAAACACUAUAAAUAGUUUAUAUAAUGUCUCAUUACAUACCUAUUUGAAGGUUUGGGUCGAAUUUGAAUAGGGUUUUUAGGGCGGCGCAAAAUGUAUCUUCACAAUUAAACCUUGGCUGUCACGUUCUUUUUUAGAGUCAUGAUGGCUAGCAGUGAUUAUGCAACAAAUUAACAAUUGAUUGAAUGAACUAUUGAUGAACUCACAAGUAAUGAACUUUACAAUCACCAUUACACUCACCUUUGAUCAUUUCUUGUUUUUAAUCUGCGAGAGAAGCGCUACACCUGGUGGAAAGAGGCUGUACGGCACAGAAUGAGUUUCAUAAUGCGUGCCGUACGUUAUGUCGUGACACAUCACAAUUUAACGUACAGCGUCAGAGGGGUCAGUUAUUUCUACUUUUCUCCAAUACUAUUGGUCCAUUACCAUGUCAAUCAAUGCUUGAAUAGAAACACAAAUGUGUACGAAUUGGGGUUAGUCACCGUUAAUUAGACUAUGGCAGUCGGUGGCCAUUUUGCAUUUUUCUCUCAUCAGGUUCUCACAGGGCUCAGCAUUCUGGAACUCCUCUGAGAUGGAACUCACAGGCACAUGUUGGCUGAGAGGACAUGGCUGUCACUGCCCAGUGGUAUGCUUGUUAUAGGGAGUUUAUAUAGUGUUUUGAUCUUUAUCUUUGGAAGUUUAAUAGUGAUUGUAUAAAAAAAUAUAGAUUACUUCCACGCAUUUCUUUAGUGAGCCAUAAAAAGGCAGAGGAUAUGUGGUUAGUUCCUUAUGACCUCCUUUCAUAUCGCCACUGUUCUAUGAUUUAAUUACAGGUGGUUUUACAAGAGGCUGUCACCCUGUUGAAUCACAUGAUCUCUCUGGCCUGCCUGGUGGUGGGAUAAUCCCUCCUGUUGCCGCAGCAAUGGGAUAUGCUAUGAUGUGAUAAUUACGCUGCAGUGGAUUCACUUACCAGCGAGCUUUCAGUUACUGGCCCAGCGCUCUUAAAGGGAUACUUUGGGAUUUUGGCAAUGAGGCCCCCAGAGUGCGAUAAACGAGUAGAUACCAUUUUUAUGUCUCUAUGUCCAAUAUGAAGGAAUAUAGAGGUAGUUUCGCAAGCUAAUGCUAACUAGCGUUAGCGCAAUGACUGGAAGUCUAUGGGUAUCUGCUAGCAGGCUGGGACCAUUGACUGUGCCUCCCAGUAGAUUAUUGUAGUAAUCGUAGUAACAGCCUGUCACAUUCUGAAAUUGCCGGCUGCACUGAGCCACGUAAACUAUGGAAGCCCAUCCCCACCACCAAAAGAAAUGUAUAGUGUCGAAAGUAGAUCAUACAAAAAAUAUAUGUUUUUUCAAUUUUAAAAUUAUGUGUUGAUUUCAGGUCCUAGAGUGGUGUGGGGGAAUUGUUUUCUUGUGGCCCAGAGUUUUUCCUGAUCUGGUAGGGGCUAAACUAACCAACUCCGGACCCUAGUAGGGUAGGACAUAGUAAUUAAUCAGCUGUAAAAAACGCAAUGAGCUAUGAUGGGACCAGCUUUUCUUUCUAAUCAAGUCAUGUUGUUUUUAUCUCCUGGAAAAACUUCUGACCCUAGGGAGGAUGAAAACAUUAAAACCCCGUCAAACUGUAGCAACCUUGUACUUGUUCAAAUGAAUUUAUACAGACAAAGAGACAAACAAUGCUGAUGAUUGGACAAUAUAACUAAUAACAGGGCUGAGCUUGCUUUAUGCAGGGUUGCAUCAUGUAGGCCUUUGCAUCUGUAAUUAAAAAGUUAUUCCCACCCAAAGUUUGAAUAUAAACCAAAUUUGAUCACAUUCACAUUUCCUCAGAACACAAAUAAAUUAGUCUAUAUUAGGCUAUAAAUACAUUAGGGCUGACCCCAUUUUGUUGACUGGUCGAUUCUUUGGUCGAAAGGCUGUUGGUCGACCAAGAUUUCUUUAGUCGAGCUGUAGCAACAUUUUCUUUUCUUUUUUUGAUGGUGUACAAGAAACCUGUCAGAUUCACACCUGCCUGCGUGGACUAAUCUAUUGUGGAGGCCGUGGGGAUGGCACAGUUCAUCACUCUAAGAUAUGUGCUAUUGAAAUUGUAUAUGGUUAUAUUACACAAGAACAAUGGUGCAACACUAAUAAAAAUAAUAUUAUUUAAUAACAAAUGCGUUUUCUCCCAAGUUGGAUAGUGGUAGCUGUCCGCGGUUCUGAAACAUCAGUGUGAUGUUGAAUUGGCGCCUUUUCCUAGACCAUGUUGCUAUGUGCAUAAUAGCAAAGUUACCCAGCAUAUUUGGUGUUGAGAACAAUGCAGCGGAGGCAGCAGUGGAGUUUGGAGACGAGAAAACAGCCCUUGCCUUAAUUGUCUUAAGAAAAGUGAGGAGAGAGGAAACCGCAACUUAAUUAGGUCUAUAAUCAACAGCCUAACUGUUAAAUGUGCCUGGCUUUAGAAAUCAUCCAUAUAUAUCUACAGAAAUAAGACAGAUCCUGCUUGUGUUGCCUGUUUGAGUGUUUGUUUAAUAGCCUCACACAUCCACAACAUGUCGGAUAAACAAUUUCACAAAUUCGGCUGUUUUUAAUCUGCUGUAAUAAAGGCUUUACUUUAUGUGAGAACAGCCUCUCUGGUAUUAUUUAGAAUGAAUUUAGUGUUUACACUGUUUGAAAUUGUCAGAUUUUUAAAAUUGUUGUAAUAAUAAUAACCCUCCUUGUUCUUGAUCUCCUUUUAUUGUUAUUAUUACUAUUAUUAUUAUGAUCAACAUUAUAAUAAGUAAUGUCAUUAUAAUUAGUAGGCUUAGUAUAGCAGCCUUGUAUAACCACCAUCGAGCUGUAGGUAUCACGACUCAGGAUAUGACCCAGAUGCAGACACAGGAGGCAGAUAGUUCGAUUCUCUGAAUAUUUAUUAUAACAAAGAGGCAGGCAAAGGGCAGGUCGAGGGCAGGCAGAGGUUCGUAAUCCAAGGCAGAGUCAAUCAGGGACAGAACGGCAGGCAGGCUCAGGGUCAGGACAGGCAGAAAGGUCAGAACCGGGAAGACUAGAAAGCAAAACAGGAGACAUAGGGCUGUGAGACAGAAGUUUAAUCCUAGACACAUGAAAAGUGGGAUGUAACAGAAGACGAACCUCAUGCGCAAAACGAACAUUAGCCACCAAGGUUCUUGAUCCAGGAGGGGGAUUCUCUGCUGUUAUCAAGCGAAUGCUUGUUUUUGGAAGAAGCUAAGUGCUUAGCUAGAUAGCUAACUAGCUACUAAAUGAACAAACCAAAUGCAAACUGCAGAGCAUUUAGCAUAUUUUAAACAGUUAACUGAAUAGUUAUAAGAUAUCUAGCUGGCAAACAUUUAGUUGUGAAUUCCAUUCUGUAAUUAGAUCACCUGGCACAUGCUGCACGACAGUGAGUGACUCACGAGGCUCCGGCAUUUCGUCAUUGUGUGCUUGUUAACAAACAACAACACAUGACACGUGACUGGGGACUACCAUAAGCUACAUGAUAAUGUGACUGGUGAAAUGAAGAACGCAAUGUUCUUUAUUUAUUUCCUAACGCAUUGCAUAAGUUGAAUGCAGGUAUUUACUUAAAAAGUAGCUACAAAUAUUCAAAUGUAUAAAAAAAACAAAUAAAUAGUUUCAGCUGUAUUUUUCUAAAUACCCCAGUAUAUGGUAUGUACAGUAUACCGCCCAAGCCUAUUUCUUAUAUGUCUCAGAUAUAGGACAGACACUUCAAAACCUUAUUCCUUAUGAUUUCUUUUUUGACUGUCUUUUUUGCCAUUUAUGAAUGUGUUAUUCGAUGCAUUUCUAUGGGCUAUAGUAGUAAAGGCCAAAUUCAAUAUUUUAUGUAAUAUUUUUAUUUCUUGAUAACUAAAACAAUUCCAAAUGUCAGCUGAGUACCCAUCUUUAAUCACAUCUUUAAGUAUCACCCAGCCACCAGAGGGUACCAAAACUAUGUAAACAGUCUACUGUGAUCCCAGUUGCCAAAAACAGUCCCCCAAAGGUUCUCAAUGACUACAGACCAGUCGCCUUGACAUCCUUGGUCUCAAGUCCUUUGAGAAACUGAUUAAGAAGGAGCUUCUGGACAAAACACAACACCUUCUUAAUCCAUUUCAGUGUGCAUACAGGGAUAUGCGUUGUGUACAGGAUGCUACUGUCGCCCUACUUUACCUUCUAUGCAAGCAUCUAGAGGGUAGCAAAACCCAUGCCAAGCUGUUAUUUAUUGACUUUUUGUCGGCUUUUAUAACACUAUUCCCACCUGUUAGUGAACAAACUCAUCAUUUUGGUGUAGAUGCUAACUAAUGUAGUGGGCUGGAUCCUUGACUUUCUUAUUAACAGAACCCAGAGGGUGAAUGGGUGCCUGUCAGGGGAGCUGUCAUCAUCAGCAGGCUCUCCCCAGGGUUGUGUCCUCUCACCUCUCCUCUAUAUCCUGUACUCUGAUGAUUGUUGUAGCCAGUAUAAGAAACGACACAUCCUGAGGUUUGUCUGCGACUCUGUAUUAGUCAGUCUCCUUCAAGCCGAUGAAACUGCCCCACGGACUGUUGUUGAUGAUUUUGUACAUUGGUGUGACAGUGCAUUCUUACAACUGAAUGUGAUAAAAACUAAAGAUAUUGUAACGUAGACGCUGGGAGUCAGGAAGCAGGUGCAGUUGGAGAGUUUAAUAGAACGCGAACAAUAAACAAUACAGAAACAGGAGUAGCGUUGGGACAUGGAAACAGAGUCAAUAACGCCUGAUGGGAAAUAACAGUAUAGUGCUGUAUACAAUCAGGUCCAUAAGUAUUUGGACAGUGACACAAUUUGCAUCAUUUUGGCUCUGUACGCCACCACAAUGGAUUUGAAAGGAAACAAUCAAGAUGUGCUUUAAGUGUAGACUUUCAUCUUUAAAUUAAGGGUUUUGUCUAAAUUAGUGUAUGAACCGUGAAGGAAUUACAACCAUUUUUAUACAUAGCCCCCCAAUUUUUGAGGCUCAAAAGUAAUUGGACAAACUAACAUAAUCAUAAAUUAAAUUGUGAGUUUUAAUACUUGGUUGCAAAUCCUUUGCGGUCAAUGACUGCCUGAAGUCUGGAACCCAUAGAUAUCACCAGAUGCUGGGUUUCUUCCCUGCCAGGCCUUUACUGCAGCUGUCUUCAGUUCCUGCUUGUUCUUGGGGCGUUUUGCCUUCAGCAAGUGAAAUGCAUGCUCAAUUGGAUUCAGAUCAGGUGAUUGACUUGGCCAUUGCAGAACAUUCCACUUCUUUGCCUUAAAAAAGUAUUGGGUUGCUUUCGCAGUAUGAUUCAGGUCAUCUGCACUGUGAAGCGCCGUCCAAUGAGUUUUGAAGCAUUUGGCUGAAUCUGAGCAGACAAUAUAGCACUAAACAAUUCGUCAUGCUGCUUUUGUCAGCAGUCACAUCAUCAAUAAAUACAAGGGAACCAGUUCCAUUGGCAGCCAUACAUGCCCACGCCAUAACACUACCUCCACCAUGCUUCACAGAUGAGGUGGUAUACUUUGGAUCAUGAACAGUUCCUUCCCUUCUCCAUACUCUUCUCUUCCCAUCAUUCUGGUACAAGUUGAUCUUUGUCUCAUUUGCCCAUAGGAUGUUGUUCCAGAACUGUACAGGUUUUUUAUUUUGCAAAAUCUGGUCUUCCUGGUUUUGAGGCUUACCAAUGGUUUACAUGUUGUGGUAAACCCUCUGUAUUUACUCUGGUGAAGUCUUCUCUUGAUUGUUGACUUUAACACCUACCUCCUGGAGGGUGUUCUUGAUUACAUUUACAUUUUAGUCAUUUAGCAGACGCUCUUAUCCAGAGCGACUUACAGUUAGUGAGUUCAUUCAUUAUUUAUUUUUAUUUUUUCAUACUGGCCCCCCGUGGGAAUCGAACCCACAACCCUGGCGUUGCAAACGGCAUACUCUACCAACUGAGCUACAUCCCUGCCGGCCAUUCCCUCCCCUACCCUGGACGACGCUGGGCCAAUUGUGCGCCGUCGCAUGGGUCUCCCGGUCGCGGCCGGCUACGACAGAGCCUUAAUCUGGCCAACUGUUGUGAAGUGUUGUUUCUUCACCAGGGAAAUAAUUAUUCUGUCAUCCACCACAGUUGUUUACAGUUAGUGAGUGCAUCGAUUUUUCAUACUGGCCCCCCGUGGGAAUCGAACCCACAACCCUGGCGUUGCAAGCGCCAUGCUCUACCAACUGAGCUAAUGAUGGCUUGCUUCACUGGCAGUGACAGCUCUUUGGACUUCAUAUUGAGGGUUAACAGCAACAUAAUGCAAAUGCCACACUUGAAAUCAACUCUAGACCUUUUAUAUGCUUCCUUGUAAAUGAACUAUGAGGGAAUAACACGCACCUGGCCAUGGAACAGCUGAGCAGCCAAUUGUCCAAUUACUUUUGGUCCCUUAAAAAGGGGACGACAACAUAUAAAAAGUGCUGUAAUUCCUACAUCGUUCAUCCGAUUGGAUGUAAAUACCCACUUUCAGCUCAUAUUAAUUAUUUCAUUUCAACUCCAAUAUGCUGUGGUAGACAGCUAAAAUAAUAAUAACUUGGCCAAUGUCCAAAUAUUUAUGGACCUGACUAUAAAUGGGGAGUAAUCAGGAAGGUGAUAGAGUCAAGGUGUGCCUGAUGAUGAGGCGCAGGUGUGCGUAAUGAUGGGUAGCCAAGGCCGGUGGUUAGAAAACCGGCGACGUCAAACGCUGGAGGGGAGGUGCAUGACUAGACGUGACAGAUAUGUGUGUUGAUUUCAGGCGUCAACCCCCUACUCCUCAUAACACUAUUAUCAAGGGCCAGGUGGUAGACACUGUAGACAACUGAAAGUAUCUUGGCAGAUACCAGGCUCCUCUCGUCACAGAUACGGGUCAUGAAGCAGCACGACUUUGGCUACUAUAUCCGACCCAGCUCCUGUAUCACAGAGGGAGGGAGAGAGAGAGAGACUGUCACCACACAGUCAUGGAAGCCAACAGUAAAUACACGGUUUAGCAUAGCCAAUCAGAGAUCCGGAUUCACAGCUUAUUCACAAGGGACACGUGCUAGCAUAGCACUGACUGGUUGGCAUUACUCACUCAGGCCCAGGAGUAGUUCAUUGGCACAGUGGAAGGGGGCACCUCCUUACAACAUAGAAGACACAUAUAUACACACAACACUGAUUACAUUAUCAAUGGUGAUUAGAUUAAUUCCAGGACAGAUUGUAUUUUGACCAUUAACCAGAUCAAAUGUGACCAACCUGAUUCAAGUGUGCUCCAUUACUAUGAAGCGGUACUGGUGUCUGCCUCAGCCUUAUGUAACAGCUCCUGAGAUGGUAUGGGGGUUCCCACGACGCUGAUGAACAACAAAUCCACCAGGUUUUGUACUUAGCUUGUGAAUUUAAAAAAAAUAUAGCAAGAAAAAAUACGUUCUCUAGUUUGGAAGUACACUGAAUGAGAAAAUAUAAACGCAACAUCUAAAGUGUUGGUUCCAUGUUUCAUGUGGUCCUCUGUAGCUCAGCUGGUAGAGCACUGUGCUUGUAAUGCCAGGGUAGUGGGUUCGAUCCCCGGGACCACCCAUACACAAAAAUGUAUGCACCCAUGACUGUAAGUCGUUUUGGAUAAAAGCGUCUGCUAAAUGGCAUAUUAUUAUGAGCUGGAAUAAAAGAUCCCAGACAUUUUCCAGAUGCACAAAAAGCUUAUUUCUCUACAAUUCUGUGCACAAAUUUGUUUACAUCCCUGUUAGUGAGCAUUUCCCCUUUGCCAAGAUAAUCCAUACACAUGACAGGCAUAUCAAGAAGCUAAUUAAAUAGCAUGAUCAUUACUACACAGGUGCACCUUGUGCUGGGGACAAUAAAAGGCCACUCUAAAAUGUGCAGGUUUGUCACACAACACAAUGCCACAGAUGCCUCAAGUUUUGAGGUAGCGUGCAAUUGGCAUGCUGACUGCAGGAAUGUCCAACAUAGCUGUUGCCAGAUAAUUGAAUGUUCAUUUCCCUACCAUAAGCCGCCUCCAACGUCGUUUUAGAGAAUUUGGCAGUACGUCCAACCGGCCUCACAACUGCAGACCACGUGCAACUACGCCAGCCCAUGACCUCCACAUCCGGCGGGAUCGUCUGAGACCAGCCACCCAGACAGCUGAUGAAACUGUGGGUUUGCACAACGAAAUAAUUUCUGCACAAACUGUCAGAAACCGUCUCAGGGAAGCUAAUCUGCAUGCUCGUCGUCCUCACCAGGGUCUUGACCUGACUGCAGUUCGGCAUCAUAAACGACUUCAGUGGGCAAAUGCUCACCUUUGAUGGCCACUGGCACGUUGGAGAAGUAUGCUCUUCACGGAUAAAUCCUGGUUUCAACUGUUCCGGGCCAAUGGCCCGGUUUGAGAUGUCAACGUUGUGAACAGAGUGCCCCAUGGUGGCGGUGGGGUUAUGGUAUGGGCAGGCAUAAGCUACAGACAACGAACAAUUACAUUUUAUCGAUGGCAAUUUGAAUGCACAGAGAUACCGUGACUAGAUUCUGAGGCCCAUUGUCGUGCCAUCCAUCACCUCAUGUUUCAGCAUGACAAUGCACGGCCCCAUGUAGCAAGGAUCUGUACACAAUUCCUGGAAGCUGAAAAUGUCCCAGUUCUUCCAUGGCCUGCAUACUCACCAGACAUGUUACCCAUUGAGCAUGUUUGGGAUGCUCUGUAUCGACGUGUACCACAGCAUGUUCCAGUUCCCGCCAAUAUCCAGAAACGUCGCACAGCCAUUGAAGAGGAGUGACACAACAUUCCACAGGCCACAAUCAACAGCCUGAUCAACUCUAUGCGAAGGAGAUGUCGUGCUGCAUGAGGUAAAUGAUGGUCACACCAGAUACUGACAGUUUUUUUGAUCCACGCCCAUACCUUUUUUUUCAAGGUAUCUGUGACCAACAGAUGCAUAUCUGUAUUCCCAGGCAUGUAAAAUCCAUAGAUUAGGGCCUAAUGCAUUUAUUUCAAACCCUUUCCUUAGAAACCCUUAGAGAAAAGGGUUUCUAAGGAUACCAUUUUUUUUAAUGAUGCCUGCCUGUUACUGUUUGUAUGUGUGUGCCUCUCCUCUAUUAAUGCAUAUUUUUCCUGGCUCCACGGACAACCCACCCCCGUCAAGCGAGGGAGGUGUGUGUAUGUGUGGGUGCCUACACGCUACCAGCUGCUCCACUAGUACCCAGACUGCAAUAACAGUGUGAGGUUCAGCUCACUAACUGGGUGUGAAAGCACUGACUAGGAGUGUCCUGUCAAGUCCUUAAAAUGUUUCUCUCCAUCUCUCUCUCUCUCCUGUCAAACAACACAAUUCUAUUAUAGAAUGUUAUGUCUGCUGAAUUUGCAUGCGCAAGCCAAGCGCCACAACUACGGUCAGUAGCACUGUCAAAGCUGUAAAAAAUAUUGUCUGCAAACAGGCCAUGAUGUGUUUGCAUACCGCAUUGGUAAUAAGCCAUUAUGUGUUUGAUCGAAUGGGUAAAUGUCUGUGUGAGCAUUUAAAUAAGAUCAGUAUCUUAUUUAGUAGUCCAACAUUUUCCCCGACAUGCAACCAUCACAGAGGCAGCAGAGAAAGGAUGGUGAUCCUGUUGCUAUCAGAGUCCCUGCUGUUUCUGCCUGCCAGCCAGCCACAUCCCAAGCAGUUGCACCCGAUUCAUCCUAGCUAGUCAAAAUACAGAAUACCCUUACAAAAAUGUACCAUGGCACUACUAUGGUACUUUCAUUCAUACCAUGGUAUUAAUAUGGUACUUUCACUUAUACCAUGGUAUAGUCUGAAUAAUGGAAAUGUACCAUUGGUUUAGCCUUGAAGUAUGAUGGUACUGCCAUUGUACCUAAAUAUUACCAUGGUAUUGAUUCAUUUAUACCAUGGUAUAGAUCUGAAUCAUGGAAAUGUACCAUGGUUGUAGCUUUGAAGUAUGAUGGUACUGCCAUACACCUACAUAAUACCAUGGCAUUGCCUCAUUUAUACCAUGGUAUAGAUGUGGGUCAUGGAAAAAACGUGGAUUUAAACCACAUUAUACAUUCUACCAUGGUAAUGCACGAUUAUGAUAAAUGGUACCAAGAAUUAUCAUAUGGUACCAUCUUUAUUAAUUGUGCAUUACCAGUAUAAUGCAAUAAAUAAAUAAACCCCCAAGGUCAAAAGAGGUUGAUUGGUAUUAUAUUGAUGAAUUUAUAUACCAGUAUGGGCAAGUUUCUGAUAAAGUCAGAGGCAGGCUACUAUUGUUGGUCCUAAUUUGUCUGUAAUAUCAAAGAAAAAGGGAAAUAGUUGCUGUGAAAAAAGGGGUAAUUUUAUAAGAGUAGCCAAGUCAGUUGAUUGAGAGAGAGACAACUGAAAACUGUAUUGAAGAGAGAAGCACCAGAUUAUUUCAUAUCUUCAAUGUUUCAGACUCCCGUCAUUCUUCUCACUAUACCCUAUCCAGGUCCCAAGGUUUAAGAGGGUACACUACACUACUAGACCAUGUGUGUUGUGGUUUUUCACUAUGAGCUAAAGGGGUUUAAGAGGGUACUAGACCUAUGCUUUGCCAUUUGCUGAGUGAGUAGUCAAUGUUGCAUUUUGUGAGUAUCAUAAAUUACUAUGUUUUUGGUCACUUUACCCCAAAAAUGGUGGGAUACAGACCAUCAUAAUACAUUGUAAACAAUUACCAUGCUUUCAUGUUUCACUACAUGCUGCUAGUACAAAACCAUGGUAUUUUUUUGUACCAUGGUAGUUAGUUCAAUGGAAUAAUAUCAUGUUUUUUUUUUGGUCACUACGAUGGCAGGAACAUACCAUGGUAUUGGUGCAAAUACCAUGGUAUUUUCCUGCCAUGGCAGUGACCAAAAAAACAUGAUAGUACCAUGGUAUUUUUUUCAUUGUACUACCAUGCUAAAUUUUUGUGAGGGUAAUAAUCAAGAAUUUUGUCAACAUUGAUGACCGUUUGGAAACUGGAGGUAGGCUGUCUCCCUACUACGUUGACUUCGGUUUGCAGUGUGAGAAAGUCACUCACACAUACCUUUGAUGUUAUUUGCAACUUCUGGGCUAGCUAGCUUUGGCUUGGUACUGAGCUAGAACCAAUGCAACCAGACUGAAAACAAUUACCAGAAACUGCAAUCAUUUUCAAUAUUCUUAGCAAUGAUUUAGGAAUACAUGUGACUAAGUAUUAGCUAGGCAGCCACUUGUUGUUCUCCUAAUGAAAUAGAACUUCAGUUAAUGAAAAUAACUAGCUAACUAGCUAAAUAAUGAAAUAAACAAGCUAGCCAGCUACCUAGCCAUGUUGCCCCAAGCUAACGUUAUAAGCACCUAGCUAGCUUCAUCUGACUAGGGUGGCUCGACCGGACCGGGUCCGACCAUCAUCAACCAAAUACGAAAACUGUCCAUAACGUGGGGUAUUUUAAAUGAUGACACAUAGCUGUGUGGGAGGGAGGAGUGCAGGUACUGUAAUGUUUGUGGUGCCAACAGAAAGGCUGAGGCCAGGGAAUCGUUUGUGGAUAGCUAACUAUAGCUACUGAAACAUAUGUAUUUUUGCUAUGUUUUUAGGGGAGAACAUUGUUUGCAUCCAUCAGCUAGCUAACUUUUGUUUUCUGACCAGCACUGUCCCAGAACUUGGGGAAGUGCGGCAGUGGCAGGUGCGCAAGACAAAACUUUACCAGCAUCAUAGCAUACAUAUCAGUGAAUCGCUGUGACAUAUGAAAUACGAGUGAUAGUGUAAUCAUAAAAACUAUUGAUGAACAUGUUAAAUUAUUAUGUGACAUGCAGUCAUAUUCAGGUCCUGAUUGGUCGACAAGCUUAUAUGAGGCGUCAAAUAGUGUUAUUUGACGCGUCAGAUAGUGUUAUUUGAGGCGUCAAAUAGUGUUAUUUGACGUGUAUCUUUUUUGACAAGCAAAGACCCAAACGGCAUUCCAUAGCUGGCUGGGAGAGUAAUAACAGAUAAAUGCAGAGUGUAUAGAGGAGGGGAUGGGUUAGGGUGGGGCCAGGAGAGGAGAACCUGUGGAUGGUGUGUGUUUUCUCUGCUGCUAGGCAACAGAAGAGCAACUGUAAGUGUGUGUGUAUGAACAUGAUGUUCCUAUGCUUGUGUGUACACUGAUUAUUCCCAGCAGCAGAAGGCUAGGCCGGCUAGGUAUCUAGCAUACAGCAGCCUCAACCACGGGACGUGUGUGUGUGUGUGUGUGUGUGUGUGUGUGUGUGUGUGUGUAUGAGAGAGGAGCGGGGAUUGCAUGACGUGUACAAGGAAAAACCAUGGUCCCUUAGCCAGUGGAGAAGAGGGCUGGGGAUUGUUUUUAAGUGUUAGAAGGAUCAAAUCACCGCUGGUCACCUAUCCUGUAAACCUUCCCCUCCUUCACCACACACACACACACACACACACACACACACACACACACACACACACACACACACACACACACACACAGAUAGAGUUGUAAUAAUCAUGUAGGUAGGUUGUAGUACCAGUACUGUCCUUCUGUCCAGUGUUGUGUCAACAGGCCCGACUAUCAGUCCACAAACGGUUCCCUGGCCUCAGCCUUUCUGUGGGUACCACAAACAUUACAGUACCUGCCGGCCUGCACUCCUCCCGCCCACACACCUCUGUGAUGAGUAAAGAGUAAAGAUCUAUUCAAAACGACUGUUUCUAUUACACCAUAUAGCUACACAUAUUAGCUCCCAGCUAAAGCUGCUUGUUUACUGGCAGGCCUCUCCUCUGUGUGUUUACCUGUUGUUGUAGUUGUCACCUCAUAUCUGGUUUGACAUGCUGAUGCCCUCUAGGCUCAGCUCAGUUAUACACACAGCCCAACCUCUGUCUAGCUCUGUGUUCAGCCCAAACAUUCACAGCCCACAGUGUUUUCCAGAAGCACAUGGAGUAGCCAGACAAAUAGAAAAGGUAGCCAGCCAGGCUCCCCCAGGCUGUGGGAUGGGCUUGCCCCCCGGGUUUAUACAUUUUUGCUGAACAAGCUCUAUUUUGGUGGCCUCUGGUACAUCCUAAUGCUAGAUUGUAUUUUCAACCAGCAACUAUCAGGAAAGAACACUGAUUUUUUUUUAAAUCACGCUUUUACAGUGUUCGUUUCAUCAACUUCUACAGACUUCAAGCUUCCUUUUAAGAGGAUUUUCUCAGCUAUCUGCAAUACAGGUAUUAUUGAAGAAUGAAGCAGGUGUUUAAUCAUGGGCUUUGCUACACAGAAAGCAGCAGUUAAUUAUUCCAUUGUCAACACUUUGAUUAAAUCAGUAGACCUAAAAUACCAUAUAAGAAUCAUUUGCUUUUAAAACAAUUCAGUCUGUUUUCUGUUAUCAUAUUUUGGAUCCAGAGUGAGGCUAUCUCUCCACUACCUAUUGUUCCAGCAGUGAGGAGGAUUCACCAUCUUCAUCAAAUGUUUUUAUAAUUUAUCUGCAGAUAAUCGCCAAAAAGCCUACCAGUAUGCAAAUUAGGGAGCGAAAUGAACGGCUCUCUUACCGAUGCGAUUCGGUAGGCUACUGACGAGUCACUCACUUUAAAGGGAUACUUCAGUAUUUUGGCAAUGAAGCCUUUUAGCUACUUCCCCAGAGUCAGAUGAACUCGUGGAUAGAAAUGUUAAGUCUCUGCGUGCAGUUUGAAGGAAGUUGCUAACUAGCGUUAGCGCAAAUGCUAACUAGCGUUAGCGCAAUGACUGGAAGUAUUUGGUAACUGCUAGCAUGCUAGUAGAUACCAUAGACUUCCAGUCAUUGCGCUAACAUUAGUUAGCAUUGGCUCGCAAAGCUACCUUGAACUGAAAAUAAAAAUGAUAUCCAUGAGUUCAUCUGACUCUGGGGAAGUAGAUAAAAGCCUUCAUUGCCAAAUUUUCGAAGUAUCCCUUUAUUAUCAUUGUCUGGCAAGUCCUGAUGGACUUCAUAUAUAAAAUACAAACGAGAUCUUUAGUUUACUUGUCCCGAUGCGAUACCAUGGACAUACAGUAACUAUGUUGUAUGAUUUAUGAAUGGCAAGGAUAUGAGAUUGACUUUAUUCAGUCAGUUCGACACCUGUUCGUCAAUCAAAGCACAGUAAAUAGCCUAUGCGCCACCACUCCGUGGCUGCAUAUGAAGCACGCCAGGGCCCAAUUUCAACUUUUCUUCUCACUGGCCCAGAAGGGCCAGUUGGCCAAAAAUGUACUGGCCCGAACAGAAUUUCUACUGGCCCGGACAUGGUGUAGUUCUUAGGGUGUUUUCACACUUGGUCCCUUUCAGGCAAUUUUUGUGAACUCAGUGCGGUUCACUUAAUUUUUUGUGCUGUGUGAACACUCCAAAGGAACUCAGACCCCUCAAAAGAGCCCCCGAAGCGAACCGAACUGAAACCAUCUCAAGAGGUGGUCUGAGUUCGGUUCGCUUGAAUUCCGCGGUCCGGUUCUCUUUUUUAGGGCAAUUUGAACACAAAGCUCCCCAGGUUCGCUUGUCAUUAUUCCCGCACCACACAAUAAACUACUGCAACACUGUUUCCCCUGCCUAUAACCUCACAUUGGUGCCACAAAAGAGAAGAUGAUGAUGUGCAGGUUCACAGGAAAAAAUGUGUGCUGUUUUUGGAUAUUCAUUAGCGAUUGUUAAGGACGCACAGAAAUUCCAAAAUGUGUGGAGUUUUUAGUUCAGAUUAUUUGUUUGCUAUAUGUGAUCUAUAGGCUAAAAGAGCUUCAUAAGCUGUUUAUUGAUUGUGGGGUUUGAAUAGUGUGAGAAGACAACCUAUUUGGUGAGAAUCGCAAUAUAGGGUACAAAAUCUAUUCUAAUUAUUAAAGGGGCAGUAGCCUACCUUGGGUGUACAAUUUUCAAUUACAUCAUAAUUUAUUCUGCAGUUAUUCUAUUGCUAUUUGUUCUGUUAGCAAUAACAUGUACAUGUUAAUAGUAUCUUCUGUUUACAAUUAUUAUGUCUCACAUUUUAAUUAAAUGCAAUCUAUAGCUUCCAAAAUGUAAGUAGGUAUAUCUAGCUGUCCGAUAACACAUUCUGAUUGCAUGUUGGAAAAAGAUCUUGGUUCCUUUCUAAACAUAGAAAUGUGAAUGCAAAGAGGACUCGGUCCACAAAAUAGGUGAAGUGAACUUACAAAAGAGUUGAGUCCUCAUUCAAAGGCAAGGGCAGUGUGAAUACAAAGAGAACUGAGCUAUUUUGCUUUUACUAUUUUUUUUUACCCCAGUGAACUUUAAAGAGGACUGAGAUCAGGUAUUUUAAAGAGGACUAUAUGUGAAAACACCGUUAAAUGCAUUGGGGCUUACUCUCUAUAUUCAGCUAUUAAUAGGCUACAUUUUGUUAUUAUGAUAUGUAUUAAAAAGCUGUGUAAUAUUAUUUAGCAAUACAAGUCAUUACUUUAUUCUUUAGAAUGGCAUUGUAUGGGGAAGGGUACCAAAACAUUUCUGCACCAUUGAAGGUCCCCAAGAACACAGUGGCCUCCAUCAUUCAGAAAUGGAAGCAGUUCGGAACCACCAAGACUCUUCCUAGAACUGGCUGCCCGGCCAAACUGAGCAAUCGGGGGAGAAGGGCCUUGGUCAGGGAGGUUACCAAGAACCCGAUGGUCACUCUGACAGAGCUCCAGAGUUCCUCUUCCAGAAGGGGAACCAUCUCUGCAGCACUCCAACAAUCAGGUCUUUAUAGUAGACUGGCCAGACGGAAGCCACUCCUCAGUAAAAGGCACAUGACAGCCCACUUGGAGUUUGCCAAAAGGCACCUAAAGGACUCUCAGACCAUGAGAAACAAGAUUCUCUGGUCUGAUGAAACCAAUAUUGAACUCUUUGGCCUGAAUGCCAAGCGUCACAUUUGGAGGAAACCUGGCACCAUCACUACGGUGAAGCAUGGUGUUGGUAUGUUUUUCAGCGCACAAAACACACACCCAGGUACUGAGAGGCAGGACAGACAGCAGACUGUCAAACCAGCAGUGUUCCCUGUCAUCGCUCACUUUGUGAAUGACAGGCACCUGUCCUAUCAAUAGAUCGCUAGAAGAUGCAUAUCGUUCAUUCUAGUGGGAGAGAGCUCGGCAGACUUUUUUCUGACUAGCGAAUUGAAAAGAUAAAAGCCUAGUUAAUUAAGUGGAUAUAGUAGUGGAACACACUAAGCUCAACCUCUGUCUAGCUCUAUGUUCAGCCCAGACAUUCACACAGACCAACAUAAUCAAAUGAAAUUGUAUUUGUCACAUGCUUCGUAAACAGGAUAGAUAAUAAGCAGUAGCAGCAGCGUAUGUGAUAAGUGGAAAGAGUUCGUGCAACAGGUGUAGACCUUACCGUGAAAUGCUUACUUACAAGCCCUUAACCAACAAUGCAGUUCAAGAAAUAGAGUUAAGAAAAUAUUUACUAAAUAAACUAAAACUAAAAAAUGAAAUAAAAAGUAACACAAGAAAAUUACAUAACAAUAACGAGGCUAUAUACAGGGUGUACCAGUACCGAGUCAAUGUCCGGGGAUACAGGUUAGUCGAGGUAAUUUGUAAAGUGACUAUGCAUAGAUAAUAAAUAGCGAGUAGCAGCAGUAUAAAAACACUGCUGGGGGGGUCAAUGUAAAUAGUCUGGGUGGCCAUUUUAUUGUUUGUUUUACAGUUUUAUGGCUUGGGGGUAGAAUCUGUUAAGGAGCCUUUUGGUCCAAGAUUUGGCCCUCUGGGACAGCUUGCCGUGCGGUAGCAGAGAGAACAGUCAAUGACUUGGGUGACUGGAGUCUAUGACAAUUUUUUGGGCCUUCCUCUGACACCGCCUAGUAUAUAAUUUAGGUCCUGGAUGUCAGGAAGCUUGGCACCAGUGAUGUACAGGGCUGUACGCACUACCCUCUGUAGCGCCUUACGGUCAAAUGCCGAGCAGUUGCCAUACCAGGCGGUGAUGCAACUGGUCAGGAUGCUCUCGAUGGUGCAGCUGUAUAACUUUUAGAGGAUCUGGGGACCCAUGCCAAAUCUUUUCAGUCACUUGAGGGGGAAAAGGUGAUGUCGUGCCCUCUUCACAACUGUCUUGGUGUGUUUGGACCAUGAUAGUUUGUUGAUGAUGUGGACCAACAAUGCAGUCCUUGCACCACACUGCCUGGUCUCUGACCUCCUCCGUAUAGGCUGUCUCAUCGUUGUCGGUGAUCAGGCCUACCACUGUUGUGUCGUCAGCAAACUUAAUGAUGGUGUUGGAGUCGUGCUUGGCCACGCGGUCGUGGGUGACCAGGGAAUUCAGGAGGGGACUAAGCACGCACCCCUGAGGAUCAGCAUGGCAGAUGUGUUGUUGCCUACCCUUACCACCUGGGAGCGGCCCGUCAGGAAGUCCAGGAUCCAGUUGCAGAGGGAGGUGUUUAGUCCCAGGGUCCUUAGCUUAGUGAUGAGCUUUGUGGGCACUAUGGUGUUGAAUGCUGAGCUGUAGUCAAUGAUCAGCAUUCUCACAUAGGUGUUCCUUUUUGUCCAGGUGGGAAAGGGCAGUGUGGAGUGUGAUUGAGAUUCCGUCAUCUGUGGAUCUGCUGGGGCGGUAUGCGAAUUGGACUGGGUCUAUGGUUUCCGGCAUGAUGGUGUUGAUGUGAGCCAUGACCAGCCUUUCAAAGCACUUCAUGGCUACCAACGUGAGUGCUAAGGGGCGGUAAUAAUUUAGGCAGGUUAUGUUUGCGUUCUUGGGCACAGGGACUAUGGUGGUCUGUUUGAAACAUGUAGGUAUUGCAGACUCGGUCAGGGAGAGGUUGAAAAUGUCAGUGAAGACACUUGCCAGUUGGUCCACGCAUGCUCGGAGUACACAUCCUGGUAAUUCGUUUGUACCCGCGGCUUUAUGAAUGUUGACCUGUUUAAAGGAGAGCAUGAUCACACAGUCGUCCGAAACAGCUGGUGCGCUCAUGCGUGGUUCAGUGUUGCUUGCGGCUGGGUUUCCCUUGGUAAUCUGUGAUAGUUUGCUAUACCUGCCACAUGAAACAUUCAUAAGCCAUUAAAUUUUUUGUUAACCAAAUUCAACACUCUCUCAUUGACCUCCAUACAAGAAGUCCUUGCUUGGUGGAAAAAAAAAUACAUUAGUGCCUGUGCUGUCUGAGAUAUCUUGUGUGACUAAAGUACGAACAAAAAAAAUAAAAAAUAAAUAAAGACGAACAGACGGAGACCGAUCCACAGUCCACUCCCCGAUUCCAUCGUAGGGGACAAUGAAACCGGUGACUGAUAUGGUAAACUCCUCAAUGUUAUCGGAUGAAUCGUGAAACAGUCUUGUAUCUUAGCAUCCGCUUUAUCGGACCACUUCCAAAUUGAGCGUGUCACUGGUACUUCCUGUUUGAGUUUUUGCUUGUAAGCAGGAAUCAGGAUGAUAGAGUUAUGGUCAGAUUUGCCAAAGGGAGGGCGAGGGAGAGCCUUGUAUGCGUUUGUAUGUGUUGAGUAAGGUGAACAACUUUUGUUGCUUCUAGUUGCACAGGUGACACGGUGGUAAAGUUGAGGUAAAACGGAUCACCGGCCUCGAGAAGUGCCAUCUCUGGAUGUGCAUUUUCUUGUUUGCGAAUGGCCCUAUACAGCUCGUUAAGUGUGGUCUUACAUGCUGACCAAACUGGCUCCGCGUGUGUUGAUUUUGUCGAUCCCCACCAGACACGUUUAUGACUCACAGGUUAAAAUACCAAAACCAACUGUGAACCAACUAUAUUAAUUUGGGGACAGAUCGAAACACACAUGAAACAUUCAUAUACAUUUAGCUAGCUUGCUGUUGCUAGCUAAUUUGACCUGGAAAAUAAACAUUGGGUUGUUAUUAUACCUGAAAUUCAUGUUCCUUUUUUUUGCUAGGUAUGACCCAUGUUGAAACAAAAUUGUGUGCUCUCUACUCCGACAAUUAAUACACAGAUAAAAAGGGGAAACUAGUUUUUUCUUCUGUGGAUUUUAUAUGGCUGUUGGCAACCAACUUUAAGGUGCAUUACCACCACCAAAUGGACUGGAGUGUGGCCCUCGUUCAUCUUUCAGUAACCCAUGUGGGUAAAUGCUCCUAAAAACCAAUGAGAACAUGAGAGAGGCGGGACUUGCAGCGUGUCUACAAUAGAACAACGUUUUAUUUUAGCGCAUGGCUACGCUUGUUGAUGCGCACGAGCAGUUCGGAAGAAUUGAUUUAAUAAAAUGUAUGUGUACAUUUCUUUUGCAACGCUCGCGAAUGCAACACGGUAUAUAUAUGAAAACUCUUCACUAGCCCACUGCCGUUUUUUCUCCCCCUUUUCCCUGAAGUAAGUGUGCACUCGUUCACUCCUCGUCAAAGCUUGAAAAGCAUUGUAUUGGUUCAUCAUGGGCUGCAAAUGGAGUUAAUUAUUAGUUAAUUAUCACUGUAGUGUACUCAGUUGCUGUUAUAAGGCUUCUUAACAGCCAUUGAGAAGUGCUUCUGUGUUCUCCGCUGGGGAAACAAACGAUUUGCCUCAGAGGCUUAGCUUCACGCUGCCGGUAAGCAUGUCUAGUAUGUACAGUAUUUGGGACAUCUGAUGCUUGUGCUGUUCGGUAAAUACCAGGAAUCUCAUUGGCUGCUUUGAGGUGGAGUGACACUGGUGGGACAUUGGACAACGGUUUCUGAGGAAAUCCCAAAUCCCAAUCAAGUUAUGGUACCGAAAUGAGAAUGUUCAAAUUAUCCAAGCGUGACUUUGUUGAGCUUCACAAUCAAUUUUAGAUUUAGGCAGAGAUCAUCAACUAGAUUCAGCCGCGGGACGAUAUUUGUUUGUUGAGCGGAUGGUCAGGGGGCCUAAACAUAAUUACAAAUAAUUUGUAGACUGCAAAUUGACCGCAAGAAGCCCAAACAGAUAUACUAUUUGAUUAAAACAUAAUCAUUUCAAACCUUGCUUACAUUUGGACCAGAAUGGCGCCGGAGGAGAUGGCUGCCAUUUUACGGGCUCCUAACCAAUUGUGCUAUUUGUGUUUUUUCACGUUAUUUGUAACGUAUUUUGUACAUAAUGUUUCUGCCACCAUCUCUUAUGACCGAAAAUAGCUUCUGGAUAUCAGUACAGCGAUUACUCACUUCGUAGUGGACUAAUAUUUUUUUCUUUAAUGAGUCAGACGCGAAGGAUUUUCUUCAGACACCCGACAAGAGAUAUCAGGAACAUAGGUCGGGGUGCCUUGUAAGGAUCCGACGGAGAAUGGGUAAUCUGCCUCUACCAUCAGUCCUAUUAGCCAACGUACAAUCAUUGGAUAACAAAAUAGACAAACUACGAUCACGGAUAUCCUACCAACGGGACAUUAAAAACUGUAAUAUCUUAUGUUUCACCGAGUCGUGGCUGAAUGACGACAUGGAUAACAUACAGCUGGCGGGAUAUUCGCUGCAUCGGCAAGAUAGAACAGCUGCCUCCGGUAAGAAUAGGGGUGGCGGUCUGUGUAUAUUUGUAAACAACAGCUGGUGCACGUAAUCUAAUAUUAAGGAAAUAUCAAGGUUUUGCUCGCCUGAGGUAGAGUAUCUAAUGAUAAGCUAUAGACCACACUAUUUACCAAGAGAGUUUUCAUCUAUAUUUUUCGUAGCUGUCUAUUUACCACCACAAACCGAUGCUGGCACUAAGACCGCACUCAAUGAGCUGUAUAAGGCCAUAAGCAAACAGGAAAACGCUCAUCCAGAGGCGGCACUCCUAAUUUGCCGGGGACUUUAAUGCAGGGAAACUUAAAUCCGUUUUACCUAAUUUCUUACAGCAUGUUAAAUGUGCAAACUGAGGAAAAUAACUCUAGACCACCUUUACUCCACACACAGAUGCGUACAAAGCUCUCCCUCGCCCUCCAUUUCGCAAAUCUGACCAUAACUUUAUCCUCCUGAUUCCUGCUUACAAGCAAAAACUAAAGCUGGAAAGCACCAGUGACUCGGUCAAUAAAUAAGUGGUCAGAUGACGCAGAUGCUAAGCUACAGUAAUGUUUUGCUAGCACAGACUGGAAUAUGUUCCGGGAUUCUUCCAAUGGCAUUGAGGAGUACGCCACAUCAGUCAGAAAUCUUGCUUGUUUGUAGGUGAUCAAAUACUUAUUUUCCACCAUAAUUUGCAAAUAAAUUCAUUAAAAAUCCUACAAUGUGAUUUUCUGGAUUUUCUUUCCUCAAUUUGUCUGUCAUAGUUGACGUGUACCUAUGAUGAAAAUUACAGGCCUCUCUCAUCUUUUUAAGUGUGAGAACUUGCACAAUUGGUGGCUGACUAAAUACUUUUUUUCCCCACUGUAACAUCUAUAGAAGACACAGAAAUGCUUAUGGGGAAGGUGUUGCUGUAUAUAUUCAGAGCCAUAUCCCUGUAAUGCUUAGAGAAGAUCUUAUGUCAAGUGUUAUUGAAGUGUUGUGGUUGCAGGUUCACUUGGCACAUAUAAAGCCUUUUCUUUUCUUUUAGGGUGUUGCUAUAGGCCACCAAGUGCUAACAGUCAGUAUCUAAAUAAUAUGUGUGAAAUGUUUGAUAGUGUAUGGGAUGUAAACAGAGAGGUCUACUUUCUUGCCGACCUGAAUAUUGACUGGUUUUCAUCAAGCUGUCCGCUCAAGAGGAAGCUUCUCACUGUAACCAGUGCCUGUAAUCUGGUUCAGGUUAUUAAUCAACCUACCAGGGUGUUUACAAACACUACAGGAACAAGAUCAUCCACAUGUAUUGAUCACAUUUUUACUAACACUGUAGAACUUUGUUCUAACGCUAUAUCCGUACCCAUUGGAUGCAGUGAUCAUGGUGGCUAUAUCCAGGAAAGCUAAAAUUCCAAAAGCUGGGCCUAAAAUAGUGUAUAAGAGAUCAUACAAAAUAUUUUUCUGUGACUCUUAUGUGGAUGAUGUUAAAAAUAUUUGUUGGUCUGAUGUGAUUAAUAAGGAGCAUCUAGACGCUGCACUUGAUGAAUUUAUGAAAUUGCUUCUUCCAAUUAUUGAUAAACACGCACCUGUUAAGAAACUGACUGUUAGAACUGUUAAGGCUCCAUGGAUUGAUGAGGAAUUGAAAAAAUGUAUGGUUGAAAGAGAUGGGGCAAAAGGAGUGGCUGGUAUGUCUGGCUGCACAUCUGACUGGCUGAAUUACUGCAAAUUGAGAAAUGAUGUGGGUGGGAUGCUGAUCACUGGGAUGACGGCUCAACUUGGGAUGGGGAGGGGCUUUAGCGGGGGAAUUAGUGGAGUACAAUUGAAGGGUUACUCCGUAGCAAUGCAAAUAUCACGGUACAGCUAUAUGGACACUCAAUCAUUACGGUAUUUUUUAUUGGUAAAUUUACAAACAUAUAUAAUGAUAAAUAGACUUGAAACUUGUAUCUCAUUAUGGUGUAUGGUGAAAUAAGUAUAGCCAGUUAUAAUUGUAAUGGCUUAGCUGAUAAUAACAAAAUAAGAACAAUAUUUCUCCCAUGGGCAAAGAAAUUCAAAAGGGGUGAUGAUAUUAAUUAAUAGUAAUUUCGAUCCGAAUGUGCAAAUUGUCCAAAUAGAUACGCAAGGUAGAUGGAUUAUUUUAAAUAUGUUAUUGGACCAUCAACCGAUAUGGCUCAUUAACCUUUACGGACCAAAUAUUGAUGAUCCUCAAUUCUUUCACAAUAUAUAUAAUAAAUUAUCAACCCUGCAAGCAAUUCAAGACAAUAUUAUUAUGGUGGGUGAUUAUAAUACUGUUUUAAAUAGCUCAAUGGACCGUAAAGGAAAUCACACCACAAACAAUCACCCACAUGCUCUUAAGGAAAUCGUGAACGUCAUGGAUACAUUAGAACUAGUAGAUAUAUGGAGGCUUAAAUAUCCUGAUCUAGUAAGAUAUACAUGGCUGAGACUCAAUCAAGCUAGUCGUCUUGUCUUCUUUCUUAUGUCAUUCUCGUUGGCACCAAAAGUAAAAAAAAAAAAAAGUGUUGAUAGGGGACAGAAUGCGGUCGGACCAUCAUAUAAUAGGCAUAUACAUUACUCUUACUGAAUUUCCACGUGGGCGAGGAUAUUGGAAAUUUAAUCAAAGCCUAUUGGAUGAUAAUUUAUUUAUAAUUAGAACAAAGGAAUUUAUAACUGACUUUUUCCAACAUAACAUAGGUACAGCGAAUCCCCUUAUUGUAUGGGACACCUUUAAAUGUGCCUUUAGAGGCCAUGCAAUUCAGUACUCAUCUCGAAAACAAAAGCAAUUUAGGUCAAAAGAGUUUAUACUAACAAAGGAAAUAGAAAGUCUAACAGAACAGAUAGAUGGCAAUAAAAACUGUAACAUAGAGGCUCAGAAUAAAUUAGAGGAAAAACUAAAAGAAAUGGAGAAACUUAUUCAAGAAAGAUCAAGUGUAAUAUAAUUUUAACAAUAAAGCAAACUGGAUGGAAUAUGGGGAAAAAUGCAAAAAAAAAAAUUUUUAAUCUUCAACAUAGGAAUGCUACCAAAAAGAACUUAAUGAAACUGGUUACAAUUGACGGAGUCACCCAUAAUUCACCAAAUGAUAUUUUGAAGGAAGAAACAAAGUACUUUAACCAUAUGUUUUCUUUUCAGUCGCCUCCAUCUCCUCUAACUGAAGCUAAUUGUAGAGAUUUUUUUUUUAUUGAUAAUGUCAAAUUAACAGCCACACAGAAAAACUCAUGUGAAGGUGAAAUUACAGAGGAGGAACUUCUGGAUACAAUUUAAAACUUUAAGUCUGCGAAAACUCCAGGGUUGGAUGGCAUACCAGUCGAGGUAUACCAAACCUUUUUUGAUAUACUAAGAGCACCGUUAUUAGCAUGUUUAACCACUCCUAUGUAAAUGGUAGAUUAUCUGACACUCAAGAAGAAGGUCUGAUCUCAUUAUUACUGAAACAGGAUACAAGUGAAAAAUAUAAAGAUCCAGUCCAUUUACAAAAUUGGAGGCCCCUUACACUUCAGUGUUGUGAUGCAAAAAUUCUAGCAAAAUGUAUAGCGCAUAGAAUUAAAAAGGUAUUGUCGGAUAUUAUUCAUUCUAAUCAGACAGGUUUUUUACAUGGAAGAUACAUUGGAGAUAAUAUAAGGCAAGUAUUGGAAACAAUAGAACGCUAUGGAAAAUAUGGGAAACCAGGCCUGCUAUUCAUAGCAGACUUCGAAAAGGCAUUUGAUAAAGUUCGACUGGGGUUUAUAUAUAAAUGCCUGGAGCAUUUCAAUUUUGGAGAAUCUCUUAUAAAAGGGGUCAAAAUCAUGUAUAGUAACCCUAGGUGUAAAAUAGUAAAUAAUGGCUAUUUCUCAGAAAGUUUUAAACUGUCAAGAGGAGUGAAACAAGGUUGUCCACUAUCGGCAUAUCUAUUUAUUGUGGCCAUCGAGAUGUUAGCUAUUAAAAUCAGAUCCAAUAAUAAUAUCAGAGGAUUAGAAAUCCAGGGCUUAAAAAUAAAGGUGUCAUUGUACGCUGAUGAUUCAUGUUUUCUUUUAAAUCCACAACUAGAAUCCCUCCACAGCCUCAUAGAGGAUCUAGAUACAUUUUCUAACCUCUCUGGAUUACAACCAAAUUAUGACAAAUGUACUGUAUUACGUAUUGGAUCACUAAAAAAUAAAAAUUUACAUUACCAUGUAGUUUACCAAUAAAAUGGUCUGAUGGUGAUGUGGAUAUACUCGGAAUACAUAUCCCAAAGGAAAUAAAUGAUCUCACUUCAAUAAAUGUUAAAAGAAAGUUAGCAAAAAUAGAUAAGAUCUUACUACCAAAGAGUUAAUCACCCUGAUUAACUCUUUAGUAUUAUCCCAGUUUACCUAUUUGCUUAUGGUCUUGCCUACGCCUAGAGAACAGUUUUUUAAAUUAUAUGAGAAAAAAAUAUUCAAUUUUAUUUGGAACGGCAAGCCAGACAAAAUUAAAAGGGCAUAUUUAUAUAAUGAAUAUGAAUUCGGAGGACAGAAAUUAUUAAAUAUUAAAGCAUUAGACCUAUCACUAAAAGCUUCAGUCAUACAAAAGUUAUACUUAAAUCCGAACUGGUUCUCAAGCAAAUUAGUAAGAUUGUCUCACCCAAUGUUCAAGAAAGGCCUUUUUCCCUUUAUUCAGAUUACAACAACUCAUUUGCAGUUAUUUGAAAAGGAAAUCAUCUCCCAAAUAUCACUAUUUCUAAAACAAGCCAUAGAAAGUUGGUUGCAAUUUCAAUUUCAUCCUCCAGAAACGACAGAAUAAAUAAUGCAACAAAUAUUGUGGUUAAAUUCAAAUAUACUAAUUGACAAAAAACCUUUAUUUUUUGACAGAAUGUUUAAAAAAGGUAUAAUCUUCGUAAAUGAUAUCAUCGGUAGGACUGGUGGAGUUAUGUCGCACAUGCAGCUAACAAAAACAUAUGGAAAUGUCUGCUCUACCCAAAAUUACAACCAAAUAAUUGCAGCCUUACCGCAAAAGUGGAAGAGGAAAGUGGAAGUGGGAGAAAGUAAGGAACUUGUCUGUCGGCCUUGCGUUAAAGAACAUAAUUGGUUAAGGAAAACUGUGAUAAAUAAAAAAGUAUAUCAGUUUCACUUAUUUGGUCAAAAUCAUUCCCUAAGUUCUAGACAUCAGCUGAAUCUGGUAAUGAAUGGUGUGACUUUUGAACAAGUUGAGGAAACUAAUUUGGCGUUACCUUUUAUUGUAAACUGUCAUGGUCAAAACAUAUAGAUAAAAUGGUUGUAAAGAUGGGGAGAGGUCUGUCCGCAAUAAAGAGAUGCUCUGCUUUUUUGAUACCACACUCCAAAAACCAAGUCCUGCAGGCUCUAGUUUUGUCUUAUCUUGAUUAUUGUCUAGUCGUGUGGUCGAGUGCUGCAAGGAAAGACCUAGUUAAGCUGCAGCUGGCCCAGAACAGAGCGGCACGACUUGCUCUUCAUUGUAAUCAGAGGGCUGAUAUAAGUACUAUGCAUACCAGUCACUCUUGGCUAAGAGUUGAGGAGAGACUGACUGCAUCACUUCUUCUUUUUAUAAGAAACAUUAAUGUGUUGAAAAUCCCAAAUUGUUUGCAUAGUCAAUUUACACACAGCUCUGACACACACACUUACCCGACCAGACAUGCCACCAGGGGUCUUUUCACAGUCCCCAAAUCCAGAACAAAUUCAAGAAAGCGUACAGUAUUAUUUAGAGCUAUAAUUUCCUGGAACUCCGUUCCAUCUCAUAUUGUUCAAAUGAACAGCAAACCUGGUUUCAAAAAUCAGAUUAAGCAACACCUCACGGCACAAUGCCUAUCCCCUAUUUGACCUAGAUAGUUUUUGUGUAUGUAUUGAUAUGUAUGCUACAUGUGCCGUUUGUUAAAAAAUAAAUAAAUAUUGAUGUAGUUCUGUCCCCGAGGUGUUCUUGUCUAUUAAUGUUCAGUAUAAUGUCAUGUUUCAUGUUUUGUGUCGGACCCCAGGAAGAGUAGCUGCUGCUUUUGCAACAGCUAAUGUGGAUCCUAAUAAAAAAACAAAUACCUAAUCACAGCCUGUUAUCAUGGCCUAGUCUACAGUAGUCAUAUUGAUGUGGAACAGUUUUAUAUAUUUGUAAGCCACAGGAGAGAUCGGAUAUCUAACUGACAGCAGGUGAAUUUUGACUUCAAUUACUUUACCUAUACGUCACGCUAUAGCUUUAGUAAUUUCAGACAAUGCAGCUAUAGUGACAUUGUUAUUGCUGUACCUGGUAAUUCAACACUAAUAACGUCUAUAUUAAAUUAACAGAAAGCCAAGCUGUGCAAAAGUCUGUCUGUUUCUUGCGAGACUGAUGAUGCUGAUGAUGCCGCAUUCACCUGCCCCACAACAACAACAGUAAAAAGGCCACGCGUAGACGAAUCCUUCAAUUCUAACGUUAGUGAAGGGUCGGAUAGUACUUUUAUUCUGGAUGAAACCAUCACAGACGCUGAGGACGGACAAGAAAGGUAUGCUAGCUCACCCUUGCUGUUGUAAUAUGUUUUCCUUGGUGUAAAUGUUUUGCCCUGGUCAUCUAAAAACUGUUUUGAGUAUUUGGCUUGCUAAACAAAGCCAAUUCUGUAAACAAAGCAUGAUAAUGGGAACGUGUUAGCAACAUUCCUAUAUAAUUGCCGACCAUCCUUCAGUGACAAUGCAAAAUAACAUUGCCUCGCAAAUGGGCUAGCUAGCUAGCUAGACACACAACGACCUGCAAAGUGUUUGUCUUGGCAUGUACUAGCUACAAGCUGCAUCGUCAAAAGAUUAUGCUAACUAACCCCAUUUACCUAUGGUAUCAUGAUGCCUAAUCACAUGAAGUAUAGUAGACCUGCACCCGCUAGCUAGGCUUUAUCACAGAUAGAACAUUAUGUUUAUGUAGCUAUUUGCUUGUUUCAGGUCAUCCCGAACCCUUGGCUACUAAGUACAUUGUCUAUGAAGACUGUCUCCUGCAGUUACUUCGUUCCUGCCCUGUAUGCUCCUGCACCUGUAGCCUUCAUAUAACCACCGUAGGCACCCUACUUAUUGUGAAGCAGAGCUGCCCUCAUUGUGAACACAAAAAGCAAUGGAGAAGUCAACCCUACAUUGCCAACACCAACCUCCCAGCUGGAAAUGUGCAUGUGUCAGCAGCCACAGCAUUCAGUGGUGGAUCCUUUGUCGAAAUCAAUAAGGUGGAUCUUUACUCACUUACCAAUAUUCAACUUGAUGCUAAUCUACAUUGCAUUGGUUUCUGAUGACCUGCCUUUUUCCAGUAAAUCUCAGCGCUGCAGGUGAAGACUAUCUGCUCAUCAACAUACUACGACCAUCUCAGCAAACUGCUAAAUCCCACUAUCUAUUGGCAGUGGAAGACUGACCCGAGGGUCUUCAUUCAGCUGGCUUCAGAGCAAGAUUCAGUGACACUUAAUGGGGACAUGAGAGCUGACCCACCAGGUAAGCACCACAUGUACCACACUACUAUAUAUCAGAAGGUCUUUAUGAUUUGCCCUUGUAGAGUAAACUGAGUGUACCGUCUCACCCCUAUAGGUCACGGUGCAACAUAUGGAAGCUAUACAUCAAUGUGCCUUACAACUAACAAAGUACUGGACCUCCAACUUGUUCAGGUGAGUUAUAAUUAUAUUUUAUUAUCUAUGUUCCAAAGCUGUAGAUAUGCGUUGCAGUAGGUUCAAAACCUUUUCUCCUCUAGAGCAGUGGCACCCAAACUGAGUUCACUCCCAAUUGUUUUAUUAUUAUUAUUCGUUUUUUUUAUGAACUCAGUUUCUCUUGAAAGUUGUAAUAGUAGAAUGCACUAGUAGAAUCCUCUUGUAAUGUCAGUCAUUGUGUACCUUAGAGCAGGGUUUCCCAAACUCGGUCCAGGGGCCUCCCCAGGGUGCACUAUAGAGCUGAUUCAAAUAACCAACUCCUCAUCAAGCUUUGAAUCAGCUGUGUAGUGCUACUGCACUGAUCUGGGGAAGGGUGCCAAAACAGGACCGAGUUUGGAAAACCCUGCCUUAGAGAACUAUUUAUAACUUGUCAGAAAUGUCCAGAUCAACUAGUCCAUGUCAGCUAAGGUUUUUUAGCUAGGUUUUUUAGCCCAUAGAUUUUGUUGUAAUGUUUGAGUCACUCAAAUAUCACAUGAAUACACAUUAGACAUGGCAAAAUGUAUAGAAUUGCACGAAAAUGAGCUUUAAAACCUGCAAAAUGUUAUCUCCGCCAACGAGGCGUGUGAACAGUUUGUUUCAUGAACAGUGCUUGUGCCCAAAGAAAUUGACGUGGUGCACGGAAUGUUCCCCAAUGCUGGAAGGGGGACCUGAGUGAAAAAGUUUGGGUACCCCUGCUCUAGAGCAGUGAAGUAGGCAACAGCAUCCGCAUGGAGAGGGAAGAAGUCUGCUAACACGUGACAUUAGGUAGGCCAUUGUUACUUUCAUUUUGAUGAUGGGCUGUUUUUCUAUACUUAAGUGAGAGGCUAAUCUGUAUAACAAAGUAGUCCUAAUGCCAGCCAUUUUGAGAUUUGUCCCUUAUCACACGUUAAUGCCUACUCUGUCUGUGUCCAGGCACAUCCAGGCUCUGUUGGCACAGGUGCCAGACAGUCUCUGCUCCAGCUACGCCAGAGAAAAGUGUUGCGGUGGCAAGACACAGGUCCAGGUUCAGUGGUGGUGAGGGGCAAUGAAGCCAGUGUAGUUUCCUGUCACAUCAGGGAACUCUGCACGGAUCCUGAGGACAAUGCAGGACGACACAAAUCCCUCUUCCCAAAUACUGCCAACACCAGCCAACAAAACUGUGAGAUGCAGUAUGUCUGUAAAUAG